AUGCAAAUUAGAUAUAAAGCUCCAUUCCAGGAAUUUAAAGUGCCUUUUUCCCUUCUUUCUGCACGAAAUGCUGGAACAGUGGCUUGUUUGUUGGGUAAAGCUCUAUCCUGUAAAGAACCCAAGUGUCUCCCCACCCUUUUCCCAGGCAGUGGGCACAUCAAAGAAGUCAUUGUAGCAGGAGACCAUGUCUUUGAGAACGCAGACGGGCCCGUGGACGGGGAGGUGGGUGAGGAGCAGGGCAGCCCCGAGGAGCAGGAGCAGGACGCUCCCAGCGAGCUGGUCAAGGUGAAGCUGCAGGUGAACAAGGAGGGGCGAUACGUGUGUGGGCUGUGCCAGAAGACCUUCAAAACUGCCAGCAUCCUCAAAGCUCACAUGAUCACUCACAGCAGCAGGAAGGACUAUGAGUGUAAACUCUGUGGAACUUCCUUUAGGACAAAGGGGUCUCUGAUCCGACACCACCGGCGGCACACUGAUGAAAGACCUUACAAAUGCAAGAAAUGUGGGAAAAGCUUCCGAGAAUCAGGAGCUUUGACUCGGCACCUUAAAUCUCUGACACCUUGCACCGAAAAGAUUCGCUUCAACAUGACCAAAGAAAUAGUUCUCAGCAAAGAGGAUUUGCCAUCAGGCUCGUGCAGCUCCAACACAGACACGGUCUCAUCGAUAGCCAGCGAGUCCAUCGAGGCCUCCCCUGUCAUCCACCUCGUGACAGAUGCAAAGGGAAACGUUCUCCAUGAAGUCCAUGUCCAGAUGCAGGAACUUCCUGUGGUGGAUGGAAAACCCCUGGACCCGGACUCGCAUCCUGAGGAGCUGCCCUGUGAGGGGGAAGUGAACAGUGAGAAUCUGCUGAGGCAGGCCAUGAGGAAUUCGGGAAUUGUGAUUGAGAGAGUUGCUGUGGAGGAGGUGCAGAAGCCGGAUGAACCUGCUGGAGCUGCUCCAGAACUAGAAGUGGUGGAAGUAGAAGAGGAGCCGUGUGGAGAACAGUGUGUUAAAUUAGAAGAAGCAGAGUCUGCGCCUGCAGAAAGAACCAACGGGUACAAACGGUACAUUUGCCCUCACUGUAACGAAGCCUUCAGUGAAACUGCUGCCCUGGAGACACACAUCAAAAGUCACACAGGUAAAGCUGUGCUGGUGCAGUUGUCUGACACGUGCCAUGUUUGCCGUGCCCCUCAGGAGCCCUGCCCUUGUUCCCUGUGUGUGCAGAACGCGCAGCAGGUGCAUUUCCGCACGCACCUGGAGGACAAGCCGUACGUGUGCCAGUUCUGCAGCCGGGGGUUCCGGGAGAAGGGCUCCCUGGUGCGCCACAUCCGCCACCACACCGGAGAGAAGCCCUUCAAGUGCUACAAGUGCGGGCGCGGCUUCGCCGAGCACGGGACGCUCAACAGGCACCUCCGCACCAAAGGUGGUUGCCUCGUUGCUAUGAAAGAGGUGGAAGAAGUGAUGGUGUCUGAGGAGAGUCAGUCAGCCGACAACUUGGCGGCCACGGUGCUCUCGGAGGAUCCCCACACUGUGCUGGUGGAGUUCUCCUCGGUGGUGGCCGACACUCAGGAGUACAUCAUCGAGACUUCUACUGAAGACAUGGAGACCAGUGAAGCUACUGAAAUAAUAGAGGGAACAAGACAUGAGGUGGACAGCCACAUCAUGAAGGUGGUGCAGCAGAUCGUGAACCAGGCGAGCUCGGGCCACCAGAUCAUCGUGCAGAACGUCACCGUGGCCGAGGGCGCGGGCGCCGCCGCGGACGCCGCCGACACCAUCACCAUCGCCACCCCCGAGAGCCUGACGGAGCAGGUGGCCAUGACCCUGGCCUCGGCCAUCGGGGACGGGGCCGUGCUCGCCGCCGACGGCGCCGUCGCCGCCCAGGAGGCCACGGUGACCAUGGUGGCGUCCGAGGACAUCGAGAUCAUGGAGCACGCGGGCGAGUUCGUCAUCGCCGCGCAGGAGGGGGAGCUGGAGGUGCAGACUGUCAUCGUGUAGGGCACGG